CAACAAGCUUAGAGAGGUGGUAGAGAAACGGAACAAUUAUUAUAAAAAUUAGGGAGAUCAUUUUCAAAGCAGGUUAUUAGACCUUUUUUUUUAGACCAUCUGGAAAUAUAGCUGAUUUAUUUUCAAGUGUAACCAAAAAGUAAGUAGAUCGAGUCAUUGUUACACUAAGUGCUCAUGUGAUUCAAUGAAAGCAAAUACAUUUAUAGUUAUGUUUCACUUUUACAAUUAUUCAUUUUUAAUUGAGACGGUGUAUACAUUUAUGAGUUGUUCACUUACUGUUUUUUUUUAAAUAAAAAAAAUUAAAAUUAAAAUUUUAAAAAAAGAUUAGAUCUAAUAUUCGUUUGACAAAUGGUGACAUUCUUUACACAAUUCCAACGUAUGAACCACUUUGCUUUGUUCGCAGAGGCCAGGUCUAAAACAUGAAGCUUUACCUACCAGCCGUUGGGGUUGUUUUGACAAUUUUCCUGGAGUUCGGAUCGUCAAAGAUUUCGGAGAUCCCCAUCCCCAAGCCCCUGCAAGACUGCUACAACCGCGUGCAGAAGGCAGACAUACAGACCUUCGUCGGGAGCACCUACAGCUGGAUGUGUGAGAAUUCCCUGGUGAAGGCACGCACCGUUGACCCGCCGCAGUUCGACGCCCAGAAGACCGGGUACAAUGGCGUGAUCAGUCAUUAUUUGAUUUCUUAUGUCAUAGGGUCAUAAAUUAUUUGUGUGUGUGUGUGUGUUUGUCUUGACGCUUUUGUGUAGAAGCCCAAUGACCCGUGACCUCGAUACAUUUAUAAAUUACCUUUUUUUACGAAGAAAAUUUAAUAUAAUAUGUUGUUAUUUUAAAUUAUGACAUAUUUAAUUUGAUUCCUGAAAUAGAAACUGGUUAUUGGCGGUGGGAUUUUUUUUCUAAUGCCUACCACCUGUCACUAACCACCUGUCACUAACCACCUGUCACUAACCACCUGUCACUAACCACAUGUCACUAACCACCUGUCACUAACCACCUGUCACUAACCACCUGUCACUAACCACCUGUCACUAACCACCUGUCACUAACCACCUGUCACUAACCACCUGUCACUAACCACCUGUCACUAACCACCUGUCACUAACAGGUUUCACUUCAGUGAUGACAUAUUAAGUAACUAUUAUUUUUAAAAAGCAAGUGCAUAAUUGACUGACAAAGUUUUUCUUUGAAACGCUUGCAGGUAUUACACUCACCUGUACCAGAAAUAUCUGGAAGUCUCGCCAAGUGUUGGGGGGAGAGCUCGAGUCAAGCGCCAAGCAACUGUUCAAAGAUGCCUGAGAAAAGAGUACAGGAUGCUGACAGAUGAUGAGAGGACCCGCUUCCACAAUGCCGUCAACACACUCAAACAAGACACGGUAAGACAGUGUCCCAUCGAGUGUCAUAGACACACUCGAACAGGACACAGUAAGACGAUGUCCCAUUUAGUGUCAGAGACACAGUCAAAGAGGACACAGUCAGAAAAUGUCACAUUUAGUGUCAGUGACAGACUCGAAGAGGGCACGGUAAGAAAAUGUCACAUUUAAGGACAGAGACACGCUCGAAAAGGACACAGUAAGACAAUGCCCCCAUAAGUGUCAGAGACACAGUCAAAGAGGACACAGUCAGAAAAUGUCACAUUUAGUGACAGACUCGAACAGGGUACGGUAAGAAAAUGUCACAUUCAGGGACAGAGACACGCUCGAACAGGACAGAGUAAGACAAUGUCCCCAUAAGUGUCAGAGACACAGUCAAAGAGGACACAGUGUAAAAUGUCACAUUUAGUGUCAGGGACACAGUCAACCAGAACACGGUAAGACGAUAUCACAUUUAUGAGUUACUCCUGUGGUGCUGGGAGGGCAAGCUGUUUAAAUUAAGUCAUUCGCAGGCUUGUGGCCUGGAGACUAAUACACAAUACACAGCCUUAGCAAACAAAAUCAGCACCAUCACCCCGGGGGGAAUGGAACUGUCAAGUUUGGAUGGCGACUCAUCUAAGAGGAGGCAAACGCUGAGACUGAAAACCCUAGACAUUAUGACAUUGCCACAUUUAAAAUUCCGAAAACCCCUGCGCUGUUUACCAUUGGCAUAAAUAGGCUAAGACGAGAGAGAGAGGCUGACGGAUGAGCAAUUGUCCCUCACUUAAAAACAUUACGGCUCAAUUCAAGGCUGUCGAAGCCUUUGUCAUCUUUGCAUGCGAAGCACGAUCUACCUAGGAGUUCUUCUCGACUACCAUGAUCAGACUAAGCGAUAGAUUGCUUUCUGUACACUGAUGGGUUACCAUGGGUUACCAGAGAUGUCGAUUAUUUUCAUAAUUUGAGGUUCUGUAGAAAAUAAUUGAUUUGUUUAUUUAUUUUUAAAAUCAUUUUUACACCAUGGCUUAGACUUCCAUAUCAAUGUUUACGCCAUGGCUUAGACUUCCAUAUCAAUGUUUACACCAUGGCCUAGACUUACGUAUCAAUGUUUACACCAUGGCUUAGACUUCACUAUCAAUGUUUACACCAUGGUCAGACUUCCAUAUCAAUGGUUCCCCCAUGGCCUUGACUUCCCUUUCAAUGUUUACACCAUGGCUUAGACUUCCAUAUCAAUGUUUAUACCAUGGCUUAGACUUCCAUAUCAAUGUUUACACCAUUGCCUAGCCUUGCAUAUCAUAUUUACUCCAUGGCCUAGACUUCCAUAUCAAUGUGUACGCCAUGGCCUACAUCACACUUGUUUGUCCGUACUAAUCCAUUGCCUUGCUAUCUCCAGACGGUUGAGCCCAACAAAUAUGACGCCAUUGCCCUACUUCACGGCGGCAUGGCGGCAUUCAUUGCCCACGGUGGGGCAGGAUUUCUGGGCUGGCAUAGAAUCUAUCUGCUCAUGUGAGUACCGCUACUCUAUACUUUCAUUUCUAAGUUAUAACCCACUGGUUACUUCAAAACACCUUUAAAAAAAAAUCAGCUGAAUCUCAACUGAUUUAAUUAAAUCAAUGACAUAAAUUUAUUUGAUUAGUUCACAUUAUUUAUUUACUUCAUUUAUUCACCUCAUUUAUUCACCUCAUUUAUUCACAUAAACGAACGCCUGAUCUGAUUUAUUCCCCUCCUCCGUUGACCUAGUUUCGAGACAGCCUUGAGAGAAGUUGACCCCACCGUGUGUCUGCCCUACUGGGACUCCAGCAUUGACAACCAGCUCCCAAACCCCAUCGACUCCUCCGUCUGGAACUCUGAGUUCUUCGGCUCCCUCCAAGGUACGGUCGUUGAAGGUCCAUUCGCUAACUGGACAACGCCUGAAGGUGUCCAGCUGAUCAGAAAUGGCGGCUCUGACGGAGAGUUGUUCAGGUCAAGCGCCAUUGAGGAGAUCCUGUCUCGUACCAGGUACUUCCUUGAUACAUCCCUAUAAACUGAUGUUAAUUGACAUGACAUCCCCAUAACCCGAUGUCAAUUGACAUGACAUCCGUAUAAACCGAUGUUAAUUGACAUGAUUCAAAUAAGACACAUUAUGAGGGAUGUUCAACAAUAUAUAUCUGAAGGGAAUCAAACCCAUGCAUAGCUUGAUCAAAGUUGUAUUAAAUAUAUGGCCAUCAGGGCUAUAAAGUCAUUUAAUGUAACAAUCAUGGCUACAAGGGCUAUAACUUCAUUUGAUGUAACAAUCAUGGCUACCUAGGCUAUAAAGUCAUUUAAUGUAACAAUCAUGACUACCUAGGGCUAUAAGUCAUUUAAUAUAACAAUCAUGGCUGUCCUAGCUUAAAAGUCAUUUAAUAUAACCAUCAUGGCUACCUAGGGCUAUAAGUCAUUUAAUGUAACCAUCAUGGCUACCUAGGGCUAUAAGUCAUUUAAUGUAACCAUCAUGGCUACCAGGGCUAUAAGUCAUUUAAUGUAACAAUCAUGGCUACCAGGGCUAUAACUUCCUUUAAUGUAACAAUCAUGGCUACCAGGGCUAUAAAGUCAUUUAAUGUAACAAUCAUGGCUACCUAGGGCUAUAAGUCAUUUAAUUUAACAAUCAUGGCUGUCCUAGCUUAAAAGUCAUUUAAUGUAACCAUCAUGGCUGCCUAGGGCUAUAAGUCAUUUAGUGUAACCAUCAUGGCUCUUAUAUUGAGAAUGGAUGACGUCUCCUUGUUUGUAUGCAGUAAAAAUGUUAUUUAAGUAAAAUGAAAUAUUCAUUGAAAUAUUCGACGUAUUUUUAAUUUGACACAACAAAAUCCUGUCAUGAAACAAAAAAUGUGCAUGUUACAAAAUUGGAACGAUUUGUCCGAGUAAAAGUUCCAUUAGGUUACCGUACCCGAAAUCAACAACACGGUCGAAUCUAGGAAAGCUGAAGCCUCAGAUAGUGUACAGCUCAGAGUGUUGAUAUUAAAUACUACGAUUUUUAGUUCUUAGAGUUUCUGAAGAUUGCGUUGGGCGUUGGGGUGGGUAGGGGUGGGGGUUCCAAGCAGCAGGUACCAGACAGGAUGUGAUAAUGGCUUCAUUUCUGUCCUGAUCUACUGUACUUCAUGUUACAAUCAGGCUAGUUUGUGUGUGUGUCUGUCUGUCUGUGUGUGGCAAGCCCAUCGCAUAACGUUCUCGUGGUUUCUGUACGUCUCGUCUUUCUGUCGCAGACACGAGGACAUCAUCACUUCUGUGGAGGCCGAUCCACGGUACGACCUGGAGUUCCACCACGCGGCCGUGCAUGUGUUUGUCGGUGGAGCGAUGAGCCAGCUGGACACCGCUGCCUUCGACCCCAUAUUUUUCAUGCACCACGCGUUCGUUGAUUACAUCUGGGAGCUGUUCAGGACGAACCUCAGAUCCCUGGGGGCAGAUCCCCAGCUGUACCCUGUAAUCGUGGUAAGUCCUGUAGAAGGGUUGGCUGUAGGCGAACUAAGACAUUGUGAGUAUCCGGUUUUUAAUGAAAAUCACCCCAAAAAUUAUGUGGUGAUGACGUCAUAGGAAUGAAAAGUGUGAUACGAAAUGCACAGACACAUCAUUAAAUUAUUCUUUUAAAGUAUAGAAUCUUAGAAAGACACCGGGACGGUGGCAUCGUGCUACCCUAUUUCGGGGUGUUUUAGAGAUCGACACAGGCCAGGUCUACUCAUCUUUUUUAAGCCCCCCCCCCCCUCUUUUCCAGGCACCCUCCCCCCAAAGAUUAAACAAAUUAUAUUAUUAUGAAUCAAAUUUAAAAUUUAGUGUGGGCCUCUACAUGUAUUCAAAAUAAAUUAUUCUUUUAAAGUAUAGAAUCUUAGAAAGACACCGGGGCGGUGGCAUCGUGCUACCCUAUUUCGGGGUGUUUUAGAGAUCGACACAGGCCAGGUCUACUCAUCUUUUUUAAGCCCCCCCCCCCCUCUUUUCCAGGCAACCUCCCGCCAAAGAUUAAACAAAUUAUAUGAUUAUGAAUCAAAGUUAAAAUUUAGUGUGGGCCUGUACAUGUAUUCAAAUGUUCAUGUGUUCAAAUGUUUAUGUUACAUAAUUUUUAUGUUUUCAAAUGUUUAUGUCUCCUAAUGUUCAUGUAUUCAAAUGUUUAUGUGACAUAACGUUUAUGUUUUCAAAUGUUUAUGUCACCUAAUGUUUAUGUUUUCAAAUGUUUUUUUCACCUAAUGUUUAUGUGUUCAAAUGUUUAUGUCACCUAAUGUUUAUGUCACCUAAUGUUUAUGUGUUCAAAUGUUUAUGUCACCAAAUGUUCAUGUUUUCAAAUGUCUAUGUCACCUAAUGUUUAUGUUUUCAAAUGUUUGUCACCUAAUGUUUAUGUGUUCAAAUGUUUAUGUCACCUAAUGUUUAUUUUUUCAAAUGUUUAUGUUACCUAAUGUUUAUGUUUUCAAAUGUUUGUCACCUAAUGUUUAUGUGUUCAAAUGUUUUUGUCACCUAAUGUUUAUUUUUUCAAAUGUUUGUCACCUAAUGUUUAUGUUGUCCAAUUUUUAUGUAAAGCAAUGUUUUUGUACAAUUUUUCUGUACAAUGUUCCUGUACAAUGUUCCCGUACACUUACGACCGCGUACAUGGAUGUUUCCCCAGGACCCCGACCCCCGUCACAUUGGCUCCGCUCCUACAGGUUUUGGGGACCUGACACAAGCAGACGGCUACCUGGACGCCUUGACCGAAUCCUUCCAGUACGAGCCGGCUCCCAUCUGCUCAACGCGUACACCUGAUUGUGGUUCCAGGUAAAAUAUACCUGACUUCACCGCUAACAGUCCCAGUGCGUGCACCUCUCUGACUCUCACAACAAAUUAUACCAAAAAAAAAACAACAACAAAAAAAAACAACAACAACAACCCACAAUAAACAAUUGUUAUGAUGUUUAUUUUCAUCAGAUAUAUUUUCCUGUCAUUUAACAUGAACGACCUAUUUGCAUUAAUUUAUUUCUUUAAAAUUUUCAUUACAAAAUUCAAUUUAAUUUGAUACGACCCUGACUUCUGCCAAUCACCCAGAACUUCGUGUGUGCAAAAUUUUAAAGGAUUUAUUCCCCACAGGCACCUGACGUGUCAGCUGGCUUCCGGACGUUGUAUCCCGACCAGACGGAGCGACAACGUCCCAACGACUCCAGUUCCCGUGGCCACGACGACGAUGAGCCCGCUGAUCACCCCACCCCCGCGCCCCAACGCCAGCAACGCCAGCGGCACGUGCAAAAACUACCAGUACGGCCUCCCCGUCCAGAACGACUACUGCUGCGACAAGACCUGCGACACCAACCAGUGGGCCAUGAUCCCGGUGAAGAUCAUCAGCGUCCGGCCGCCAAAGUUCAGCAAGUACAGCAGCUACCCCGUCAACAACGGUCGCGUCAACCCGAACGAGGACAUCUACGCGCCCAACGCUUAUACUCAGACCAAAAAGUGGGUUGAAAUUUAAAGCAGAGCGCACCAGCUGAUUUUUUUUUUUGGGGGGGGGAGGGGGGGUGAUUUUGAUUAGGUACCGAAUAGCGAGUGCUUCCGGAUUUGAUGGAAUCACAUGCUUUAAUCUAAGACAGCGGUUCUCAACGUGUGGGUCGCGAGCCCUUUGGGGGGGUCGAACGCCCCUUUCACGGGGGUCGCCUAAGACCAUCAGAAAACACAUACAUUCUACUGCUAUGAAGUAGCACCGAAAAUAUUUUGUGGUUGGGGAGUCGCGCAUUAGGAAGAUUGAGAACCACUGAGCUAAGAAAGCGGGCGCAGGGUGUACAGAUUUAAAGUUAUGCCAGGGUUUAACAAUUAGAAGCCAAAUCAACUUUCUGCCAAUGUCAAGGUAGAUGUUGAUGCUUUGAAAGUCCAACGAGAAAAUAAAGGAAGUUUCAUUCGAAAAAUGCCACACAAGAAAAGUGACAUCAUAUCAGAUAGAGCACGUUUAGAGCACCAAACCUGGCAUCAUUAUCUUUAACCCAAUUGGAGAUCUGCCGAACGCAUUAGUGAAUUUCAUAAGUUCACUCACUGUUCCUAUUUAUUUAGAUCAAUAAGUUUAAACACCUAUCACAUACACCAAGAAAGCACCUAUCAGAUACACCACUCAUGUAAUAAUCAGACACUAUUCUAACUUUAAGCCACAUGGGAAAAAAAAAUGAAAAAGACGGUUGGAGUCUCGCUUUAAGAACGUCAGCUCACCAUUGACCUUUGACCUCCUCAGAUACAUCACCAGUCGUCAGAGUAACCCGAAGACUUACAAACGCUGCGCAGAGGACAGCGCCAUCGGUCAGGUCUUCCUGACCUCGAAUGGACUUAACUACCAGGGCUACUACAAGGAGUCCGCCAUUGUUGACCAGAGGCUCGCUGUAUCCAUCUCCAUGGGAUUUAUUGGGGUCAAGAAUCCAGCUCCAGGUGAGAGCAGCCCUGGUCGGGCGGAAGGGGGGGGGUCGUCUAUCCUCGCCCCCCCCCCCGCCCCCCUGUUUGUCAGCCCCGGGCUCUGGCGUAGAGUUGUUUCCAUUAUAUUUAUCAGAGCUGUAUUUAAUGUAUUAUGAUCAGUGUUGGUUUUAUCUAGCCCGACACCCCAGCCUAGGGCCGGGCUCACCACGCUGCACCAAUAAUUAAACAAAUAUAAUCAUGAACUUAAAAAUUAACAUACAUUAAUAAAGUUUUUUUUUUUAAAUGUAUGUUCACUCCACACAUUCAAGAACUAUUUCCACGUCAAGCCAUGCACGGCUACCCAGCAGCAUCUUUUAGCGGUCAGAGAAAGGGGGUGGGGGUGGGGGAUCAGUCUUUUUAAAGCCCCCCCCCCCACUCCACUUAUAAAAGUGCCUGUCCAUUUGCUGGGCGAUGUCAAUGAAUAGCAUCCAUCCCAAACUUUUAUUUCUUACCACAUAACACAUUCUUUUUUUUCUUCGACAUUUCUUUCCACUUAGUUACAUCAGUAACAACUCCUCUUUGAUACUUUCCAGGCGGAUCCAGCCACGCUCUGCUGCGUGCUCACGACGCGUGUGGCCGUGUGUGCCACGCAGCGUGUAAAGAUCCCGUGACGAAAGAAUACAAAGAUUGCAGCGGAGCCGUCUCCGUCGACACAGAAGCUCCACUGAUGUACGGCACCAACUACGACGAUGGUGGGACAUUCACUAACUGCUAUCUUAACUCUAGCUCUGGUCAUCCUCAUAUAGGAAUAAUCAUGUCUCGCAUCGUGCAGCGAAAUCAUGAUGACUAUUUAAAAUUUGUCAUAUUUCCAAUUUUCAAAUUCAUUCGCAAAUAUCGCAAAUGCUAAGUCUAACAAAUUCAUGCACAACCAUCGCAAAUGUUACGUCGAAAAAAUUCAUUUAGAAACAUCUUUAAUGCUAAGUCGAAUAAAUUCAUUCAGAAAUAUCGUAAAUGACAAGCCUACCAAAUCUGUUUGUUGAAAAGAGGACAGCCACAAUGUAGUCAGUUUCAUGACACUCACUACAUCAUUUGCCAUCUAAACUCACUACACCAUCGACUGUCUAAACUCACAACACCAUCUACUGUCUAAACUUACUACACCAUCUACUGUCUAAACUCACUAAACCAUCUACCGUCUAAACUCAUAACACCAUUUACCGCCUCAACUCUCUACACCAUCUACUGUCUAAACUAACUACACCAUCUACUGUCUAAACUAACUACACCAUUCACCGUCUAAACUCACUAAACCAUCUACCGUCUAAACUCACUAAACCAUCUUUCGUCUAAAUAUCACGGGUUAUUUGUUAUUUCGACUAAGACAAAAGCAAUGUGCAGGUUGUUACUUUGGAUUAAAAUAUUUGACCUGUACAUAUUCAGAAAUCCCACCCCACAUUCUCUAGAACUGUUUAGAAUUUUUGGGUCCCGAAAGCUAACCCACCUGACCCCUGUCUAUCCCCCAGCCGUCAUGAGCGUCUUCGACUACGAGUUCAACAGCGACUGUCCAAGGUUUAAGACGGACAACUUCUACAUCACGUUCUACUGCGACUACCACCAAAGCUUCCCGUAUGCCGAGCCCACCCAAGUCCCCAUUCCCACACCAGCACCCACACUUCCCCCAACAGUCCCAGCGUCUCCUUCAGGUGAGUGCCACUUAGUAUAUAUCCUCUUACCUGUUUCGUUUAGGUUAUUUUGAUACACAUUAAACAAAAGCCGCUAAUUGCAUUAUAAUUGUUUAAAAGACAGAAAUACAUGUAUUAGGUUAAGCAUCAGAGCUAAUUCUAAGUUGAGGAGUUGCGCUUAAUCACGCGAGCACCUAGAGGACCUAGAGGACUUAGAGGACCUAGAAAACCUAGAGGACCUAGAUGACUUAGAGGACCAUAGAUGACUUUAAGUCAUCUAGAGGACCUAGAUGACUUAGAGGACCAUAGAGAACUUAGAGGAUCUAGAGGACUUAGAGGACCUAGAGAACCUAGAAGACUUAUAGGAACUGGAAGACCUAGAGGACCCAGAGGAGAGGACUUAGCGGUCUGAGGGCCAUGGUAGUUCAAGGACCUAGAGAACCAUUUAUUUAAAGUUAAUAUGAAAUUCGAUCUAUUGAUCCCUGACUUGUAUAGCUAAAAUAUGUUAUUUUCUUAAUAAUUGUGUAAUGCAACUAUUGCCAGGUUAUCAAUUAUUUUUUUUUAAAUUCAGGUUGCUAGGUUACCAAUCAUUGUUUAUUUUGGGUUGCUAGGUUACCAUUCAUUGUUUAUUUCGGGUUGCUAGUUUACCAACCAUUGUUUAAUUCAGGAUGCUAGGUUACCGUUCAGGCUGCUAGGUUAACAACCAUUGUUUAUUUCAGCGUUGCCAGGUAACCACCUAUUGUUUAUUGCAGGCUGCAAGGUGACCAAUGACUGCACACUGAGUGUCCCGUGCGUCAGCCAGUACCGCCAGUGCAGCAUGUACAACGAGAAGCAUCUGUGCCAGGACACAUGUCGGGCGUACGGCAUCUGUACGUACGGCCGUUACUUCCUCAGGAUGUGUCCAGAAGGGCAGUAUUUCGACAACGUCUCUAAGAGGUAUUUAUGGGGGGCACUCCCCACAAUGGUGUUUAACCUCAUUAAAAAUUUGCAUUUAUUUUAUACACAUUAAUUAUAAACCUCAUGUGAUAGACCGGAUAUUUAUAUGACAACGUCUUGACGUAGAGUCUUGCCACUGGACACGGUGGGCCCGGACGAGAGAGUGAGGCUGACGCCGCGCAACCCUCUCACUGUAAACAAAAGUCGUCCGUGAAAGUCAUCAGUCACGGGACGACUCGAUGGUCCUCGUUGAUCCUCGACGGACGAACAAUAAUAUGACAAGGUGGACAGCGUGUCCAAGGCCCCCCCCCCAUCUGCUUCGAGGUCUACGGACCCGGGAUCACGAGCCCCAUGUUUAUCACCAUGUUUAUCCCCGCCUGGUUUUCAAACAGCUAUGUUUCCAUUUCUUGGCUGUGGCUAGAGCCCCCCCCCCCCCGUCUUAAUUUUUUUUUGCUCCCUUCAUGUGAUUGAUGCAUACAUCCCAGUUCAUUUAAUCCCACAUAACUGUUCUCGUGAACACAUACUAUUUAAAAUCAAAGUGUAUGUGGUGCACAGCUUAUUUCUUGUUAUAUUUUAAACACAAUUCAACAAUAAUCUAGUGGCUGGUGUUAACCAGGUCUGGUAUACACUUUUAUAGUCACUCCAUUUGUAAAACAAACGAUCAGCAGGCUAUCUAGUGCCUUGAACCGUUUACAGUUAGUGAAAUCUAUGAAAUAUCGUCCCGCUGGAUAUAUGUGAUCAUCCGCAUAUUUAAGGCUAAUCUUGUUGAAGGCUUACAGUAUUCGAUGGUUAAUAUCGAACUGGCCACUCCUGAUUAUAAGCCGAAGUCCUACUUCCUGAUCUUCGCACAUAGCGGUAUUAUUAUUUAUUCACAGGUUUAAAGAUUUUUAUUAACACUGUAAUUAAAAUUACUUUACAUCACUAUAAAGGUCUACAAUUUUAAUAUAGUUCCUGCCAAGUAUCAAACAUGUGCAAUCUAUUUUCAAAUGAUAUUUCAUCACAAAAGCCUAUCUUUCUAAGUUAGGAUAUGUGUUAAUCACAAAUUGUAUGAUGGUAUCAUGCUUAACAAAAAUCUCGUUUUAAAUACGGUAUCAUUUUUCGAUUCUUUGUGUGUUGAGAUCGAUCAAAUGAAAAUGUAAACAAAUUGAAAUGAAAUAUAUAUAUAUACAUAUAUUUGCAUAUAUUUUAAGAAUUUAACGGGUGCACACUGUUAACGUUUCAUCAAAAAUGUAUUAAAAUCAAAAGCCGUUGUGUUUUCUUUAAAUGUGCUACAUUUUACUAAACCCAGGUUUUUUUUAAUAACAGAGCAUUAAAUAAAAAAAAGCUUGACCUAUUUUUAUUAAAUUCCCAACUGACCUAUUUGUUAUUAAAUUCCCAACUGACCUAUUUGUUAUUAAAUUCCCAACUGACCUAUUUGUUAUUAAAUUCCCAACUGACCUAUUUGUUAUUAAAUUCCCAACUGACCUAUUUUUAUUAAAUUCCCAACUGACCUAUUUGUUAUUAAAUUCCCAACUGACCUAUUUUUUAUUAAAAUCCCAACUGACCUAUUUGUUAUUAAAAUCCCAACUGACCUAUUUUUAUUAAAUUCCCAACUGGCCUAUUUUUAUUACAUUCCCAACUGCUUUUCUCUUUUAUAUCAAAAUAAUAAACAAUUUGCUCCAUCUGUUUCCCCGCAUUUUUUGUUUAAAUUUAUGUUUUCUAGACGAGAAUCCAGUAUAAAGCUAAAAAAAAAUUAUUUUUUUUCAACACCUAGUCAGACAACACCAUCCACCCCCACCCCUUUUUGUUCACGUCGCUGGCAGGGGCGCAGUCAGGGUGUUUUGCGCGAGGGGACAAGAUACUUUUAUUACGCCCCCACCCAUUUUUUUCAAUUAUUUUCAUCCAUUAAAUGCCGUAUAUGCUUAUCUUGGAGCCCCCACUAGUAUGUAACCCUCUGCGUCCUUUAGCAACGCCUCUGGGCACUGGUAUUGCCCACCCGAAAAUCUUAAAUCCUACCUGCUGGCGUUUUAUUCAAGCAAUAGUCCUACAGACAGUCCUACGCCAUAAUCGUGGUUCUUUAUGAUUACUAUAAUAGUCGUCUUCAUCUAAAGAAUAACAAAUAACCCGAGUUCACACGUCGCGCGUGACAUCCUUCCUCCCCCCCCCCCAACUUAGUGCUAUUAAUGUAUAACGUAGAGUUUGGGGGCGGGGGGGGGGGCGGUUUCGAAAAAGGAAGCGGGACACACCAGAAGUAAAAAAUGGAGGAGAUUGAACAGAAUUAGUUUCUAAUGUUUGCGGGAGCAUAUUUUUUUUUAAAAAUAGACAUCCUUCCUCCCCCCCCCCCAACUUAGUGCUAUUAAUGUAUAACGUAGAGUUUGGGGGCGGGGGGGGGGGCGGUUUCGAAAAAGGAAGCAGGACACACCAGAAGUAAAAUAUGGAUGAGAUUGUACAGAAUUAGUUUCUAAUGUUUGCGGGAGCAUAUUUUUUUUUCAAAAUGGUUAGAAUAAACUGUUUCAUAGAGCGAUUGGUUGCCGAAAUUGAGAAUUCCUUUACCUUACAUAGGGUAAUAUGUCGUAUUGUUGGUGCACUAAGUUUUAACGAAAGUAAUUACAUAAAUAUAAAACAAAUUACAGAAUGAUUACAUAAAUGCAAUUCAAUUAUUAUUAUUAUUUUUUUUUAAUUUUGAUUUUUCUUUUCCUCAGAUGUGUCCAGGGUUACUGUCAGCCUGGUCCCCCUAGAGUCGUGAGGCCAGGUCGCACCUUCUAUGGAAGAUAAACUGUGAUAGCACGUUGCAAGAGAUUUCAAGUUGAUGUUAAGAUAUAAGAGUUGCGUUGACUAGACCAGUGGAAGGUGUUCAUUAAUAAUUUGAAUUUUUUUUUUUUUAACUCACUCGAUUGGAUGGCUGAAAGCUUUUUUAAGAUUUCUUCUUUUUUUUAAAGUGAAGAUGCAUGAACUAUAAAUCAUAUUUGCCCCGAAUGUCUGGAGUGAAUAUCCAUUUUUUUUGUUUUAUGUACUUAAUGUAUGUUGAUUUUUAAGUUCAUGAUUAUGUUUGUUGAAUUGUAUGUACAGCGUGGGGAGCCCAGUCCUAGGCUGGUGUACCGCACUAUAUUAACCAUCUCUACUACUAAUAAUAAUUACAACACUGAAUGUUACAAGUAUGUAAGCCAUAAUGUUAUGAUUACAACACUGAAUGUUACAAGUAUGUAAGCCAUAAUGUUAUGAUUACAACACUGAAUGUU